AGGAAUUGUUCAAGGCCUUGGUCACCACUAGAUGAAUCAUCGCACCAUAAAGAGGAACUCACCUAACGCACUUUUUGCAGUCACGAUUCUAAUGUGCACACUGGUGACUAUGGGCAUCAUUGGAUGGCAGCACAGCACGGAGAUGCGUUACAUGAAUCUUUUACCAAAUUGGGACAGCAUCAGUUACCGAGGUUGGAAUAGGAUAAAAAGGGAUGAAGGUGGAACCGACAGCAGAAACUAUCUUGUGUUUCAUCCUUUCGAAAAUGCCUGCAAGUUCGUAAUUCCCAGCAUUUACCCAGUAGACAUUUCGCACUUUCGUGUUGCGGAACGUUUGCGGCAGCUACAAUGUCCAUAUGAAGAUCUAGAUUUUGCUACUAUGGACAGUGAAGGAUAUAUGUACGUUCACCCGCAUUUCACAGUAUAUCCUAAAUACAUUACUGACGUAAAGUGUAAAGUUGUCUUUUUGGAAGGCGCAUUGAGAGAUAACGUUACUAACAAAGGGAAGAACGACUUCAAGGAGGUGGCUGAAGUUGAAGCUCCUGAGAACAAACGAUUUUUUGCAAAUGGAGACGCUUUUUACAUUCGAUGCUCUAAGAAUAACACAAGGCUAUUUGAGCAAGUUUAUCCUGGCAUGAGAGACCUGGACAAAAUCCCCAAUAAGGUAUAUCUGGCAAAAGAUAUGAAGUCAUUCGACGACUGGGGUAGGAGACUUGAACCAGAGCCUAAGAAAAGCCCUGAUCCGCAUUACUCCAUUGAUAUUCUUGGCUUUGAUUCGACAUCACGAACUAUGUUUAUGCGACAUCUACCUCGAACUAUGGAAACAAUGGAUAAAUUAGGAUAUGAGCUGUUUUAUGGAUAUAACAAAGUUGGAGACAAUUCAGCGGUAAAUCUUGUCCCUAUUCUUGCUGGAGAUGUACCAGAAGCUUUACAAGAACCAAAACUGGAUCAGUUUGGGGAUAUAAACAUCAACUGGGUUUUACCCACACAACGUAAACUGGAUCCAACCAAUAUUCCAUUUUUAUGGAAAAUGAUGGGAAAAGAAUUUGGAUGUCGCUCGAUGCUUAAUGAGGACAUCUCGAUGCAAGCUCUUGGGUUGUUCCACUACCCCGGCAACGAGUUUCUUCCUGGUUUUACUUCACCGCCCGCAGAUCAUUUCUACCGUACUUAUUAUCUAGCUGUAUAUAAGAACUGGCGCUACUCACAAUGCAGAGAUGGUGGUCAAGUUCAACGUCGUUAUGUAGACUUGUGGCGUCGUUUCGCCAACAAGUACAAGGAUAUUUGUCAUAUGGGAUUCACAUUUGUAACAACGCUUUCUCAUGAAGCAGGAUUUGUACUUGAACUUCUAGAUGAGCAAAUAUCCUCCAGCCUGGAAAACUUAUACUUCACUGGAGCACUAGACAACGGGAUCAGCGUUAUAAUGGGUGAUCAUGGCAAUCGAAUAGGAAUGGUGCAGUUUUCAUACUCUGGAAGAAUCGAGGAGCGCAUGCCAUUGAUGGCUAUACGUCUGCCACCCAAAUUCAAAGAAUCACAUCCAAAAGAAUACUUUAAUUUUAUGGCAAAUAAGUGGAAAUUGACAAGCAAUUUUGAUAUCCAUCAAACUUUGAAAGAUAUAGCGCUUAUGAAAUUUGGCAGCUCUAGAAGAUCUGUAACGCCAAAUUAUGGUCGAGGAAUUAGCCUCUUUGAUGAGAUACCCGACAAUAGGAGUUGUUUUGAUGCCUAUAUUCCCGAGAACUUUUGCACUUGUAUGAUAGAUCGUUCGAAUCUUGCGGAUGAAACUAAGAGAGUUGCAAGGGAAGAGAAAAUUCUGUCAGCCAUUCGUCUAUUUCUCGGCAACAAAGAUCUUGAUGACUGUUUCAGGCUUGAAAACAUUACGAUAGUAGAUAAUAUUACGGUGCUUGGUCUGAAUCCAUUAGCAAGACAUGGAUUUCGUAAAAAGGAUAAUGCUUCACGCAUGGAAGAAGCAAGGAAGAAGAACCCAAAAAUGGAUUUUCUCUACCAUGAACUUAGUGUAGUGGCGGAGAUAGCCCAGAAUCGGGGUAGUGCUCGUCUUCUAUUCCGUGUUGAGGAAUCAAAAGCAGAGAAGGCCUUCAGAGUAGUAUUAGAACCACUUGUGCAAGAUGCUCCUACGGAAUGCUAUGCUAAAUCUGUAUUCAAUUGUCCUUACAACGCGAUGUUAAAGGAAACUGAGAGUUUUCGGACGACUAAUAAUGCUGUGAUAAUAAUACGAAGAUGUUUAUCACCCAUUUGUACACUACUCAAAUCUCAACGAAAUACUAUUUCUAUGUUGCGAUUCUAGUUGAUGCGAAAAUGAUAGAUCUGUGU